GUUUGUACUUGAUUGAAUCCCGGAGUCAGCUCAUGGUCUAUUUGUGUAAUUUACGAUCUCAGUUAUGUGGUCAAAUUUAGGGUUCAAGAAAUUUCAGCUCGGGUAGUGAGCUAUACUCAUUUUGUCAUGGUGGAAAAUACAGCGAUGUUUAGAUCAGAUUGCGUAGGAUUCAACUUAGUGUUCCUAGAUAGUAUCAGAUCGCGUCGUUUAUAUGUUGGGUUAAAGUUUAUUGUGGUUGUAAUCCCAUUCACCUUAUUAACAAGUUGUUGUUUAAGCAAAAAAAAAUCACAGUAAAAUAGAAUUUUGGAGUUGAGUUAUAUAAAUUAGGGGUAGGCACUUCGGUUAUUUUCUCGGUUCGGUUCGGGUUUUGUUCGGUUUGGUUAGUUAGGUUCUAGUAUUUUUCCAACUGAAAUAAACCAUUGUUAAUUUGGUUCGGUUCGGUUUGUAUUUGGUUUGGUUUAUAUUCGGUUCAGUUUGUAUUCGGUUAUGUUCGGUUCAAUUUGUUUUUUGGAUCAGUUUAAUUAGGUUAUUUUUAGUUUAAUUUUUUGUAAGAAAAAUUAUGUUUUAAAACAUAAAUUAUGUAAACAUAAACUAUGUGAAUUCAAUUCAAUAUAAAACUGAAACAAAAACCUUUAAAAAGGUCACAAAAAGUAUAUAAAAAUUAAAACAAAUGAAAGUUAACUAAAAUAACAAAAAUCAACAUCAUUAGUAAUGUCUCUUAUAUCAUUAUUAAAAAUCAUGCAAUGAAUCAUCUUCCAUGUGAUGCUAUGGAGAAAAACUUUUAUUUUUAAUAAAAUUUGCUUUAAGUUGUAGGUUUAGAUUUAACAUCCACGUUGACAUUUAUAAGAAUGUAAAAUACAGAUUUUUUCUAUUUUUUAAAUCAAAUAUUUUGAUGAUUUCAUAUUAAGUUAGAAGAAUAUAUGUUAAUGAAUAAAAAAUAGAAAAUACAUGGUUUGGUAUUAGAAUUUUAGUAUAUUGAUAUAACUAAUAUUUUUAAUUUAAAUAAUUACAAAACACAUCGGUUUCUCAGUUCGGUUCGGUUUGAACUGAACCAUUCGGGUUGGGAAAAUCUUCAACCGAAUGGUUUGAAAUAGACUUUGGAUCGGUUUGAAUCGGUUUCGGUUCGGUUGGUUCGGUUUGACUCGGUUCGGUUCAGUUUUUUUGCCCACCCCUAAUAUAAAUGACUUUAAACACACAAAGGAGGAUAAACACUGGAACAGCGUACACGGAAAAAACGCGAACAAUAACAAGGAUAGUCAAUAAUACACGUAUCGAUUGGUCAUGAGGACCGCACAAGAGGAUUGUCACAACAUUAACAUAUAUAAAUAAAAAGAAUUUUUAUUUUAUUUUAUCUAAAUACAUUACCAUACUGAUAGAAGUUUAUUUCUGUUAAUAGCUAAAAUUCAACAACUGAGAUUACAUACAUUCAUAGUAUCUAAUAUAUUUCAUAAAUAAUAAAUUUGAAAUAGAUCUGUUUCCUUUAUUGUUAAAUUAUUAUGAAUUUCCAACUUUGUUUCAUUCAUUCGUACCAAUAUAAAAAGAUACACAACAAUAAGAAGUUAACCAAUCUCUGAGAUCAACUUACAAAAUGUAUUCAAUCCCAAAUGGUUUAAACUCUUAUGGUGACAAUACUAUGAAUCUUCACGGUUCUGUUCCCACCCAAAUGAACUCCAGCUUUGGGGAUCCCGAGACUAAAAUGUUUCAAUCAAUGUUCACUACUUCUGUCAUCACAAACCAUCAUGGUUUGUUCUCUUCCUCUCAUGCUUCUAACUGUUAUCGAGAUUCAUCUUCUUUUGGUUUCAAUAAUUCACAUGCGGCUUAUCAGAUGAGAACCAACAUGGUCUCUGAUUACUUUCCUAUUAACCAUAACCCACAAGUUUCUCAAAUCUCCAUCACCCAAACUAUCACAAGAAGGUACUCUGUUAUAGUUCCUACCCGUAGUUUGAUCACUGCCCAAAAUGAAUAUGAACGUGCUAUGGAUCCCAACAUUUCAUAUCCUUCCUUUUACCCUCAAACUUUUGUUGACAAUCAGAGAACCUAUCCUCAAAGUUUUGUUGACAAUCAGAGCAACAUCUUAAACCCUACACCUCUCAGUACCAUUUAUCCAAGGAAUGUAAACCAGUUUUCUUUUUCAUCAAAGCAACACCAUGACCAACAUGUUCCUCAUCAUCAACCAGUGAUUAAACGUCGAAAAUUUGAUGAAAUUUUUGACGGUUUUGAUUUUGAGGAGAAUGGUGUAUACGAUGGUCGGACACACAGCCUACCGUAUGAAAAGUACGGUCCAUAUACAUGUCCCAAAUGCAAAAACGUGUUUGAUACUUCACAAAAAUUUGCAGCGCAUAUAUCUUCGGUUCACUACAAGAAUGAGACGGUCGAAGAAAAAGCAAAGAGAUACAGCGCGAGGAACAAAAGAAGAUUCCGUAAGAUAGACCAAACAAUGCAUGGCGAAUCUCAGAUGAUCCAACCCGAAGAAAGAGUUGUAGAGGCAAGCGGAGGCAACAACAACAUUGCAAGUGGCAUUGAGGCUUCUCAACAACAGCUGGUUGUUAAGGAAGAACCUACUUAUGAACCAUGAUGUUGUUGAUUGAUAUGCUUUAUGUUUGGUUUAUGUUUAUCAUAAUAUCUAUGUAUCUUUUUGUUCUUGUUUUUGUUGGCAUUUCAUCAUCUUUGUAGAUGAGUGAUUUAGUCACUGGGAUUAAAUCUCCGCAUUAGCGCAAAAAAAUUAAAUUAUUAUAAAUUUUUUGCGUUAUCUAUAAGACUCAGUUGUAUUUUGUUGGUUUACUUCUGAA